AUGACACCCCAAACCCGCCAAUGGAUCCUACAAACCAAACCCCAAGCCGGCAACAAACCCACCUUCACCCUCCUCGCCACCCCCAUCCCACCCCUCCUCCCCAACCAAGCCCUCGUCAAACCUCUCUACUUCUCCAAUGACCCAGCCCAGCAUGUAUGGAUGACCCUAUCCCCGCGCGACCAACAUCCCGCACGACCCUACGCUGCACCCAUCGAACCCGGCGAUCCAAUUCCCUCCUUCGCCAUAGCCCAAGUCAUCGAAUCGCUAUGCACGAGGAUCCCCGUUGGAAGGCUUGUAUAUGCCAGGGUUACCUGGAGUGAUCUAUCCAUUAUAAACUCGCAGGACUGUUUGUAUACCCUCGACGACGUUCUUCCGACAGAUGCAAAGAUUGGGAUUACCCAUUUCAUGGGCGCGCUGGGCUUAUCCGGGUUAACGGCGCAUUACGGGCUGUACGAUAUUGCGUGUGCAACAGCGAACGAUUCGAUUGUGAUUAGUGGUGCGGCCGGCGCGGUUGGGAGUAUGGCGGUGCAGAUUGCGAAGAAGAUGAUUGGAUGUAAAUAUGUUAUCGGUAUAGCCGGGACGGAUGAAAAAUGCAGGUUUGUCGAGGGUCUCGGAGCAGACGAGUGUUUGAAUUAUCGGAGUGGGUCGUUUGAGGAGGAUCUACAGAGGGUGACGAAAGAUUGUGUCGAUGUAUAUUUUGAUAAUGUUGGCGGCUGGAUUCUCGAUCUCAUGCUCAAACGCCUGAAAAGUUACGGCCGGGUGGCUGCAUGCGGUGCAAUAUCCCAAUACCAAACCCCCAUCACCGGCCUCACAAACUACGUAGACAUCGUGACAAUGCGCCUGCAAAUCCUUGGCUUCAACGUCGUCGACGCCAUACACAAAUCCAGCGCGGUAACAAACGCCAUCCUGGAGGCGUGGAGCAAAGGCAUAUUGGUGUUGAGCGAUGACACCGAGACGGUAGUUGACGCGACGCUAGAAGAUGUUCCGUCCACGUGGAUGGGGAUUUUUAGGGGGGAGAAUAAGGGGAAGAUGAUUACCAGGGUUGUACAUGGCUGA